AUGAAUGGCACAUUUCAAGUAGCCAACAAUGUGGGAUUUAUGGCACAGCAAGCCGCUCUGCAAAACCGGGUGAAAGUCGGGGUAAGAGGAUGGCAAAAUGCUACGAAACAAGACUUGAUAAAUUUCGUGAGCAGGAAGACCAGGAUCGCUAUUUGCGAUUCCUAUGUGGAAGGAGAGCUGGUGGUUGGAUAUGUGAACAGUCGACAAGAUGCAUCAUCUCUUUUAAAUUGGAAUGGAGUUCGAUUCGCUGGUAAUGCGUUGAGAUUUGAAAUCAUCGCAGAGGGCAACGGGAUGAGCAACAUUUCUGGAAUACCUGGAACUUCGAACACAAUUCAGCUUCUCAAGAGCUUCUUGUUUAGGCGUUACAAUGUACAGACACGAAUGUUAGAUUUGGGGAAUUUAAAGAACGAUCCAGAGCUGAUGAGUAACGGUCUUUUUUCUUCAACGUCAACGCAAUCCAAGAUGUUUCCAGCCUUGAUGAAGCUGGCUUCAAGGGAAUCACAGCUUGUUGUAGAAAGUGUGAACUUGUCAAAUAAUAGCCUUCGUGAUGUCAACGGGAUAUCAUCCCUAGCUCAGACUUUCCCACGUCUAAAGAACUUGUGUCUUGCAAAUAACCAGAUCUCACGCUUUCGAUCCCUAGAAGUAUGGAAGGGCAAGUUCAAGGAACUUCGUGAACUACUGAUGGCCAAUAAUCCGGUCGUCACGGAUCCAAUGUACAAAACGGAAAUUUUACGUUUGUUCCCCAAGCUCGUUGUCCUCGACAGCAUUCUUCUACGAGACGAGGCAAAGCUGCAGUCUGUUUACUCUAUUCCUACCAAGAUUCAGCAGUUCUUUUUCGAGACAAACGAGCUGGGUCAGUCUUCAAUCGAUUUUGUUUCAAACUUUCUAAAUCUAUGGGAUAGCGAUAGAGCUCAACUCAUGGGGCUAUACACGCCACAGUCGCAGUUUUCCGUGUCAGUUGAUUCGUCGGUCCCAAGUUCAAGUGUUCCAAAUGCCGAUCAGAAUCCUUCUUUGAGUUUUUACUUGAGUUUGUCCAGAAACCUGACGAAAAUCUCAAGUGAAAAGACGAAACUUAUGAGAUUAGCCACGGGCCAGGAAGCAAUUGACAGACUUUUUCGGUCCCUGCCCAAGACUAAGCAUUUAUUACAGGAGCAGCCUUUGAACUAUUCGGUCGAAGCUUGGUCAUAUCCUCAGGUUCAAGGCUUCAUAAUCUCGCUGCAUGGGUUCUUCGACGAGAUUGAAAAGCCCGAAUUAGACGCUAAUAAGGCUGUUUCGUCCACUGCAGGUCGUAGCAGAAGAUUCAACCACAGCCAUUCCAACACGACUAGCAAACUUGGCAAAAAAUCCUUCGAUAGAACCUGGAUUAUUGUUCCAAACCAAGGUCAUGUUGUCAUUGCUUCUGAUCUACUGACAGUGAGGCCAUACGCUGACGGUUCCUGGUCUAAGCCUACGGAUACAUUGCCAACAAGCACCCUGCAGGCGAUGCCGGGGCAGCCAGCUUCAGAGACACCCGCACCCACACUAACUCCUUCGGUGGCAUCAGGAGUCCCUACUUCUCAAAUACAACUUCCUCCCGAAAUUCAAGCUAAAAUGACACCGCUACAACUCGAUAUUUUGAACAGAUUGCAUAAUCAGACCAAGCUUAACGCCGAAUACACAUAUAUGCUUGCUGAACAAAGUGGCUGGAACUUUGAUGUGGCCAUUAAAGGCUUCCAAAACAGCGUUCAAAAUAUUCCACAGGGUGCCUUCCUGUGA